CGGCAGAAUGAGCUCUUCCCCUGUUGGCUUGCACUGCCUCGGAAGCUCCUGGCGCCCUCAGAGAGGCCAGCCUGCCGGGGAGCUGCCGGAAUCUGCAACAAAAACGAUGACAGCCUAAAAUACCCCCAGUGCCAACCUCCACAUUUGUCUGUCACCUCAGACCCUGAGAAGUUGACAGAGCAGCAGAAUUUCAACUCCAACAGACUCAAAUGUGUGCCUGGGCAGAGAAGCAGAGCUAAUGAGGGAAGAGAUUUUUUAGGGUAUUGGGUAUCUGACAAAGUUUUAUUUCCUGGUUGAGUACAGAGAGAAGAUUCAACUUCAGUUUUGUAUCAAGGCUCUGGGUCCAGCCACCUACCUGAAGGUAGAAGGGUAUAUGGUGUGUCUUUCACAGUUUGUUGGACUUUCGACAAGGCCUCGAAAGCAUGAAGACUGUACUUUUUCUCCUGUACGUUUUGGGAACGGCAGCAGCAAUACCGACAAAUGCAAGGUUCCUCUCUGAUCAUCCCAAACCAACUGCUGAUUCCUUGAGUUCCAUCCAACAGGCUGAAAUGUUAGUAACACCUAACAACACUGCAAUCCCCAUGUUAAGGGUUGAAGAUGCAGAAAAUGAAAAGGAAAUUGUAGUGCCUGUAGAAGACCAUCCCAACCAUAAGGCUGAAAAAUCUUCAGUACUAAAGCCAAAGGAGGAAAACCAGGACCAGUCAGCAGAUCAGGACCAGAGUUAUAGCCAAGAGCUCGGAUUACAAGAUGAAGAGGAGAGUGAAAGUGAGGAUCUGGAGUAUACACCAACUGAAGGUACAUUGGACAUAAAAGAAGAUACGAAUGGGCCUCAAAAGAAAAAACUCUCAGAGAACAUUGAUUUCCUUGCUCCUAAUAUUAGUUCCAUUGUAGAUCCUAACCAACAAGAAAGCAUCACAAAAACAGGAAAACGACAAGAACAACCAAUAAGUGAUUUACAUCCUCAGUUGAACAGGAGCAACAAACUUAGCCAAGAUGUAAGUGAUCCAGGAAACCAAGAGCAGGAUCCAAAUAUCCCCAAUGGAGAAGAGGAAGAGGAAGAAGAGCCAGGUGAAGUCAGUGCCCACAACAAUAAUGAAGAAAGGGAGAGAGAAUUUCCCAAGGAACAUUCUAACACCAAGGAAGAUGAAAAUAGUACCCAAUCUGAUGAUGUUCUGGAAGAAUCCAGUCAACCAACUCAAGUAAGCAAAAUGCAGAAAGAUGAAUCUGAUCAGGAUAACCAAGAACAAGAAGAGGAUAGUUCCAAUGCAGAAAUGGAAGAGGAAAAUGCAUCAAAAAUUAAUAAGCACAACCAAGAUGGCGAAUGGCAGAGCCAAGAGGAAAAACCUGAAGUUAUCAGCAACCAUGAGGAGAUGGAUAAAAAGACUGUUUCUGAGGCUUUGCUCGUGGAGCCUACUGCUGAUCAUAACACCAUGCCCAGAAAUCAUGGGGCAAAUGAUGAUGGUGAUGAUGGUCCCAGACACGAUGCAACUGAUGACUAUGAAUUCAUCCCAAGUGAGGCCUUCCUGGAGGCUGAAAGAUCUCAGUCCAUUUACUAUCACCUCAAAUAUGAAGAGGAAAGAGAAAAACAAAGAGCACAUGAAAAUGGGAAUGUAGAUGCCAGUGAACCUGGAGAAUACCAAAGGGCCAAGAAAGCAGAGAGCCCACCAACUGAAGGUAAAAGUUCAUAUGAAGACAACAGAAUGGUGCAUGGUACUGAUUCCUGCAUGAACUUCCAAUGUAAAAGAGGACACAUCUGUAAGGCUGACCAACAAGGAAAACCCCACUGUGUUUGCCAAGACUCAGUGACUUGUCCUCCUACAAAACCCCUUGACCAGGUUUGUGGCACUGACAAUCAGACCUACGCCAGUUCCUGUCAUCUGUUUGCUACCAAAUGUAAACUGGAGGGGACCAAAAAAGGGCACCAACUACAACUGGAUUAUUUUGGGGCCUGCAAAUCUAUUCCUAUUUGUACAGACUUUGAAGUGACUCAGUUUCCCUUAAGGAUGAGAGACUGGCUUAAGAAUAUUCUCAUGCAGCUUUAUGAGCCAAACCCUGAACACGGCGGAUAUCUAAAUGAGAAGCAGAGAAAUAAAGUCAAGAAAAUUUACCUGGAUGAAAAGAGGCUCUUGGCUGGGGACCAUUCCAUUGACCUUCUCUUAAGAGACUUCAAGAAAAACUACCACAUGUAUGUGUAUCCUGUGCAUUGGCAGUUUGGUGAACUUGACCAACAUCCUAUGGAUAGAGUCUUAACCCAUUCCGAGCUUGCUCCUUUGCGAGCAUCUCUGGUGCCCAUGGAACACUGCAUAACUCGCUUCUUUGAGGAGUGUGAUCCCAACAAGGAUAAGCACAUCACCCUGAAGGAGUGGGGCCACUGCUUUGGAAUUAAAGAAGAAGACAUAGAUGAAAAUCUCCUGUUUUGAAUUAAGAUUUGAAAGAAUUCAAACAUUCCAGCAUCCUCCUCUGUCCUGACCACUCCUGAAAAUAUCUACAGCCAUGAUACUUAUAGAUUUAUAGUUAGCAAAACUUUUGCAUGUGUGAGAUGACAAUAAGAGUAAUGGCUUGCUAACAGCGUACGCACUAAGCAUUUAACAUUAACUUUGGAAACAAAACUUUAAAAUUAAAUAAAGUCAGCAUAUGCAAAAUCCAGUGUGCUAUUCAGGAACAGGAGUCUAACUCAUCCCUCUCUACAUCUGUUUAUGAGAUACUUCCUAAUUAUGAAACUUGAAGAAAAUACUGCAUUCAUUUUGUUCAUAAUAUCGUGCACACCUCAAGAAAAUGGAAUAAUGCUCUUUUGUCAUUAAUGUGCAUUAUUUUCAGUAUCUUAAUAUCCUAAUAAAAAUCCCAAUGCUCACUCAA